AUGAGGCUGUUCCGCCGCCGCUACAGCGCCUUGAAGGUGGCCUUGGCGGGCGCCGUCUUCGUCCUCUUCCUCUUCAUCCUCCAGAAGGACGUGGGCAGCAAGGAGCCGGGCGAGGAGCCGUGGCUGCGCAACAUCGUGCCGGGCAAGGGCCAGGUGCUGGACCUGAUGCUGGGCGCCGUGCGGGACCUGCGGGACUCGAUGCCGCGGCUGCAGAUCGGGGCCCCGGAGCCGCCGCCGGAGCCGCUGCCCAGCGGCCGCUCCUGCCUGCCCGGCGUCUACACCGCGGCCGAGCUGCGGCCGCUGAUGGAGAGGCCGCCCCAGGACCCCGCCAGCCCCGGCGCCGACGGAAAAGCCUUCAAGAAGGAUCGCUGGACGCCCGAGGAGACGAAGGAGAAGGAGCGGGGCUAUGAGAAGCAUUGCUUCAACGCCUUCGCCAGCGACCGCAUCUCCCUGCAGCGGGCGCUGGGCCCCGACAGCCGUCCCCCCGAGUGCAUCGAUCAGAAGUUCAAGCGCUGCCCUCCCCUCCCCACCACCAGCGUGGUUAUCGUGUUCCACAACGAGGCCUGGUCCACCCUGCUCCGCACGGUCUACAGCGUCCUGCACUCGUCCCCGGCCCGCCUGCUCCGAGAGGUCAUCCUGGUGGACGAUGCCAGCACGGAUGAGUACCUGAAGGAGGAGCUGGAUCGCUACGUGGAGCAGCUGCAGAUCGUGCGCGUGGUGAGGCAGCGCGAGCGCAAGGGGCUCAUCACGGCACGGCUGCUGGGGGCCAGCGUGGCCAGCGGGGAGGUGCUGACCUUCCUGGAUGCCCACUGCGAGUGUUUCCACGGCUGGCUGGAGCCGCUCCUGUCGCGCAUCGCCGAGGAGCCCACGGCCGUGGUGAGCCCCGACAUCGCCACCAUCGACCUCAACACCUUCGAGUUCUCCAAGCCCGUGCAGAACGGGAAGCAGCACAGCCGGGGCAACUUCGACUGGAGCCUGACCUUCGGCUGGGAGGUGGUGCCGGCGCGAGAGAGGCAGCGCAGGAAGGACGAGACCUUCCCCAUCAAAUCCCCGACCUUUGCAGGUGGCCUCUUUGCCAUCUCCAGGUCCUACUUCGAGCACAUCGGCUCCUAUGACGACCAGAUGGAGAUUUGGGGGGGUGAGAACGUGGAAAUGUCCUUCAGGGUGUGGCAGUGCGGGGGACAGGUGGAGAUCAUCCCCUGCUCCGUCGUGGGCCACGUGUUCCGCUCCAAGAGCCCCCACACCUUCCCCAAGGGCACCCAGGUGAUCUCCCGCAACCAGGUGCGCCUGGCCGAGGUCUGGAUGGACGACUACAAGGAGAUCUUCUACCGCCGCAACCAGCAGGCCUCCCAGAUGGCCAGAGAGAAGACGUUUGGUGACAUCACAGAGCGGCGCAGGCUGCGGGAGCGGCUGCACUGCAGGAAUUUCACCUGGUACCUGCAGAACGUCUACCCCGAGAUGUUCGUGCCCGACCUGACCCCGACGUUCUACGGAGCGAUCAAAAACGAGGGCACCAAGAGCUGCCUGGACGUCGGGGAGAACAACCACGGUGGCAAACCUCUCAUCAUGUACCCCUGCCACGGGCUGGGGGGCAACCAGUACUUCGAGUACACGAGCCAGCGGGAGCUGCGCCACAACAUCGGCAGGGAGCUGUGCCUGCGCGGGGCCGCGGGCACGGCCGAGCUGGGCGAGUGCCAGUUCCGAGGGAAGCCCGGCCGGGUGCCCGCCAGCGAGGAGUGGGACCUGGCGCAGAACCGGCUGAUCAAGAACUUGGCCUCGGGGAUGUGUCUGACGGCCCGCGGGAAGCACCCGGCGCUCGUUCCCUGCGACCUCACGGACCCGCACCAGCUCUGGUCCUUCACCUAA